GACAGUGGGGAGGACGGUGGGGAGGACGGUGGGGAGGACGGUGGGGAGGACCUCGAGGAGGAUGAGGGGCUGGGGGGUAUGCCGCAGGAGCUAGACCCGACCCUAGUUUGGUCUCCGCCGGUGGAGGAGGUGUACGUUGCAGCCGAGGAGAGGCUGGAACCACGGGACAAGAAGCCGUAUAGGCGCGGGAUUACGAAACUCCCCAAGCUAAAAACUUGGGCCUUCCGCGAUGUUGUUCUCGUGCCCGCUGGAAAGAGCAUGUUCAAGUAUGGCGACCCGAGGAGGAAGCCGACACGUGAGUACCCGAACAUCCUUGGAGGCAUAAUUAGGAAGCAUUUCCCUGGGAUUGUCAAUCUCCCUACUGGUGGCCGCGACGUGGCUUGGACUUGGAAGCACUACAGCUACGCGGAAGAUCCUAGCGGCAAGUACGGAAACAUGCAAGAGCGGGUUGUCCGCCACUUCUGGGUACGUGACUUUUGGCUUCUUAGCAUUCAAACACUUCUUGGCUACCAAUAGUUGCUCUAAUUCAUC